CUCCCUCAUCUCCCUCGCACAAAAAUCUCAGCUGUUAGCUUCUAUUUGAAGGAAGCAAUCCAUCGACGGACCGAAGAUAUUUCAUCGGUUUAGCGACAGACGAGAUCGGUGUUGCCGUCAGCGUCUCCAGUCGCGAAGGCGAUUCGGCAGUUUGAAAUUUGGAGUGCUGUGUUUUGCUUAUGAGGGCAUGUGUUUUGUGGUUUGAACUUACCUCAACUGAAUCUGUGUCAUCUAUUAUCCUUCUGGAAGCUUCUUCACUCUUCCUGUGAUGGCCCAUUCUAGUUCCAUGCAGUUGUCCCGUGAACUAGGGCUUUUCUUUGAACCGAAAUGCUGUUACCAAAACAAUAGUGUUCUGCAUAAAGGCCGGCUACUCUCUCUGGGCAACAAUCUCUCAUCUCAUUCUUUGCGGCAAGAUGCAUGGCGUCUCUGUCUUUUAGGCAAGGGACGUGUGCCAGAACGUCCCAUAUCUUCUAGACAUAAUAUUUUUGUCUGCCGGUCCUUUCUUGUGCCUGGUGGUGGAAAAGAAGUCCCAGUUGUAAAAUCUGUUGCUUUAGUCUUGAAAAGGUCAUUUGACUCUCUGGGUGGAAGCCCUUUUGUAUUUAAGUUGGUCCCAGCAGUUGGUGUCAUUGCAUUUGCUGCUUGGGGUCUUGGUCCACUCAUGUGUCUCAUUAGGGUAGUCUUUCUUCAUAAAAAUGACAACAGUUGGAAGAAGAGCAGUACACACUAUAUUAUGACAUCAUAUCUCCAACCUUUGAUAGUAUGGACUGGAGUGACACUCCUUUGCAGAGCUUUGGAUCCAGUAGUUUUACCGACUGAAGCUAGUCAAGCUGUUAAGCAACGGCUUCUUAUUUUUGUUCGAUCAUUGUCGACUGUACUGGCUUUUGCAUUUUGUUUAUCAAGCAUCAUUCAGCAAGCACAGAAGCACUAUAUGGAAGCAAAUGAUGCCAGCGAUGCAAGAAAUAUGGGUUUCAAUUUUGCUGGAAAAGCUAUUUACACUGCAGUGUGGGUUGCCGCAGUAUCAUUGUUCAUGGAGUUACUUGGAUUCUCCACACAGAGGUGGCUGACAGCUGGGGGUCUUGGUACAGUACUUCUCACCCUUGCUGGUCGCGAGAUAUUUACGAAUUUUCUUUCAAGUAUUAUGAUUCACGCUACACGACCAUUCGUUGUGAAUGAAUGGAUUCAAACAAAGAUUGAAGGCUAUGAAGUCUCUGGUACUGUUGAGCAUGUUGGUUGGUGGUCUCCAACCAUAAUUAGAGGUGAUGAUCGUGAAGCAGUGCACAUUCCAAACCACAAGUUCACUGUGAGUGUUGUGAGAAAUCUUAGCCAGAAGACUCAUUGGCGCAUCAAGACACACCUUGCUGUUAGUCACCUGGACGUCCAUAAGAUAAAUAAUAUUGUUGCUGAUAUGCGCAAAGUGUUGGCCAAGAAUCCUCAAGUGGAGCAGCAGAAGUUGCACCGAAGAGUAUUUCUGGAAAAUAUCAAUCCAGAAAAUCAGGCUUUAAUGAUAUUGAUAUCUUGCUUUGUGAAGACAUCACAUAUUGAAGAGUACCUGUGUGUCAAGGAAGCUAUACUCUUGGAUCUUCUUAGGGUUAUCAGUCAUCAUCGUGCACGACUGGCUACCCCCAUCCGCACAGUUCAGAAAAUAUAUGGUGAAGCUGACCUAGAAAAUGUGCCUUUUGCUGAUGCGGUCUUCACUCGUUCCAGAGCAGCAGCAAAUCGUCCCUUCCUUUUGAUUGAACCUUCUUAUAAAAUCAACGGUGACGACAAAAGUAAGGCCUCAACCAAGGCGACGCGUGCCAGUGAAGAAAAAGAUUCCAAGGCGGAAAUGAACUCAACAUUUUACUUGAAGGAAGAUUCAAAGGUUGACUCGAAAAAAGAUGAUAAAGUCAAUGAUCAAGUGACCUCGAACUCCGGCGCCAAGGUUUCAGCAACACCGGCUUCUGACCCUCAAAGCCAUAUAAGUACUGAAGCGCAGCAACCAAAGAAGAGAACAUUAGAAACCUCAAAGGAUGUAUUGAAAACGAAUUCAAAGGAUGUGAAUCCAACAGGGGAACCUUCAGAGGAUUCUGCAGUUGCUUCAGCGGAAAUUGGACGUGGAAAGGUAGAUACUCCUCCCAAACAACCGAAGGAGGAUGGAGAGAGGCCCAUCGCAUCAACAUCAAUGGUGAGGCCUCCCUUGGAAGAGAAUAUUGUUUUGGGUGUCGCUCUGGAGGGCUCGAAACGGACACUUCCCAUUGAAGAAGAAACAAUGCAAUCUGGUCCUUCUGAGACGAAGGAAUUGGCUGCCCAAAGAAAUGGUGGCGGGUCUCCACCAAGUGGGAAGGAGAAGAAAGAUGGUCAGAUAUCAUCUAGUUCCUAGCACCAACUGAAUCGUCAUUGACACUACAAGGAAAUUGGUAAGUGCUGAUUUUCCACAGGAUGUUGAUUGAUUGGAAUUGUGCAAAGAAGUGCAUGCAGCUGUGUUUUUAAAAGCUGCAUAUGCUGAUACACUUCCAAUUUGAAUUAACCACUUGUAAAUAAUCCAUUGAAUGAAGAAUUGGUGGUCUGAUCUAGCACAUCGGACGCGCA